AAAGAGCCGGAGCCGCCACCGCCGCCGCCACUUCCCCGCCGGGCGCAGCCAGGGACGCACCCACGGGAGACGGGGCGGCGAGAGGGGGGACAGCGRGGGAGGGCAGCCCCGCUCUGACAGGGGGUCCUGCCGGUUUGUUUUUUUCUCCUCCCUCCCUCCCCCGCGAACUUUAUUGUAUUUUUUAUUAUUAYUAUUUUUAUCUWCCUGGGAUUGCCCUGGAUGGUCUGAGCACAGCUCCAUGCCCCCACGGCCAUGCCCGGCUCCGUUCCCGGCACGCUGCCAUGUUCCCGUGAGUGAGCCCCGCGGCACCGCCGGGCCGCAGCCGGCCGGGCCCUGAGCAGCCGCCGCCGCCAGGAACGGAACGGAACAUGUAUCAGGGUCUGGCCCUCACCCCCAACCAUGGCCAGUCGGCUUAUUCCCACGACUCCAGCAACUUCCUGCACUCGUCGGCCGGCUCGCCCGUCUACGUGCCCACCACCCGGGUGCCCUCCGUCCUCCAGACGCUGCCCUACCUGCAAGGCUGCGAGCCGCACCAGAGCCACCUCGGCAACCCCGCGGGCUGGGGGCARAGCGGCGGAGAUGCCGCGGCUUUCAACGCCGGCAGCCCCCACCCGCCGUCGGGCUUCUCGUACUCGCACAGCCCGCCGGGCAGCAGCCCCUCGGGCCGCGACGGCGCCUACCAGGGGCCCCUGCUGCUGGGCGGCGGGGGCCGGGAGCAGUACGGCAACGCCUUGGUGCGCUCCGUUAACGGGUCCUACUCCAGCCCCUACCCCGCCUACGUGACCCCCGAGAUACCGCCUUCCUGGACGGCCGGACACUUUGAGAGCAGCGUGCUGCACAGCCUGCAGACCAGGCAGGCGGCCUUGCCCGGCCGCAGGUCCACUUUCGAGUACCUGGAGGAAUUCCCGGGGGAUGGCCGGGAAUGCGUCAACUGYGGAGCCAUGUCCACACCGCUCUGGAGGAAGGACGGCACCGGGCACUACCUGUGCAACGCCUGCGGGCUCUACCACAAAAUGAACGGCAUCAACCGGCCGCUCAAGCCGCAGAAGAGGCUGUCCUCAUCCAGACGUGCUGGCCUUUGUUGCACUAACUGCCACACCACCAACACCACCCUGUGGAGGAGGAACGCCGAGGGCGAGCCCGUCUGCAACGCCUGCGGGCUCUACAUGAAGCUCCACGGGGUACCACGACCUCUGGCCAUGAAAAAGGAAAGCAUCCAGACGAGGAAAAGGAAGCCUAAAAACAUUACCAAAGGCAAAGCCUCAACAGGAUCCACGACUUCGGCCACCAACUCCCCUUCUUCCAUUGCCACCUCAGACAGCACGGUCACUUUAAAGUCAGAGCCCAGCACAACCUCACAGUACCCCGGACAAACCAUCGUGGCGGUGUCCCAGGCACAGAGCCAGUCAGACGAGGCGCUGGCCGGCGGCCACGGCGAGUUCAAGUUCGAGCCCGAGGACUACACCUUCUCCCCCGGCAGCAUGGCCCCGCAGCCYGGGCUGAGCGUGCCCCUCCGGCAGGACUCCUGGUGUGCCCUGGCACUGGCCUAGGACCCCCAGCCUCCAGCAGAAAGCCUCGGGACCAAUGUUUGGGGCUGUCUGGCGGGCAGGAGGAUGAGCCACCCCAGCGCCUCGGGACGGCGCCGUGUCCAGCCACGGCCACGGGACAGGUUUCUCUUGGAGGAUGCCCAUGGAAAACGCCAGCUGGACGGGGCUGGAAUGACCCCAGAGUGGCACCAGAUCCCCAAAAAACUCGACCCAGGGCCGUCUCUGUUUUCCCAGGGAAAGCCUUCCUCCUCUGAGAUGAAACCAGCAAAUAAAUGCGUCCCAGAAUCUAUGUUUAUUCGCAGUGAUUUCUCCCUCCUAUGACUCCACCGUGUGCAAUUUAUUCCACUUUCCAAUAAAAGACUGUAAUAACAUGGCACCAAAUAACUUAAUUUUAUUAAAAUGUAAGCUACGUGGCCUACCGUAUGUUUUAUUGGCCGCAACAGGAAGAAAAGAGAGAAAAACAAAAACAAAAACAAAAAAAAAAGCAAUGGUUGUUUUAAACAUUUACUGUUUUAUAUUAAAAACGAUCAUCUCUAUAGAGUGUUAGCUUCUGAAGCGUUUUGCAUAUCAACACUGAGCUGAUGAGUCAUACUGAAAUAAACACGCUGCUCUUCCCCUUCCAGCUCCAAACAAAGAGGUUUUUAUUAUUAUUUUAGGCAAACRACAUGACAAAAAUGGUCAAAACCUCCCAAUAAUAA